AUGGCGCGGAGAGGGGAGAAGCUGGAGGAGCCUCUACUCCAUGAGGAGGAGGGGGGAGGUAGCGAGGCGGACUUGGGGGACAUAACCACCUGCCGGACUUUUCUGAAGGAGGCGGUGGAGGAGAACAAGAGGCUCUGGUACCUCGCGGGGCCGGCGAUCUUCACCUCCAUAGCGCAGUACUCCCUCGGCGCCGUCACCCAGGUCUUUGCCGGCCACCUCACCACGCUGGAGCUCGACGCCGUCUCCACCGAGAACAUGGUCAUCGCCGGCCUCGCCUUCGGGAUCAUGGUUCGUCUCCUCUCCCCACCGCCGUAUCCUUUCUUUUCCUUUCUUCCGCAUCAUCCUCCUCAUCCUCAUCUUCCUCAUCCGCUUGUGGCAACAAUAGAUCGGAUCUAGUCAACUCUGACAUCCGCGAAGAGACCAUUUCUCACCGGCCGCUUUCCUGUCCCUUCUCAAAUCCCUCCGUUGACUCUAAGGCCUGCCAGGGCACGCGGCGUUUGUCUAGAAUAGCUGCCUUCCGUCCGUAGUUAUCUUCCUUCUCCAUAGGGUUGGACGGAGGGGAUCCGGGCUGCGCAUCCCGUCUGACUGUCGCGGGGUCAUUUUAUAACCAAUGGUUAUGUGUAUCGGCCACUUACUAGCUGCCUCUCUGAUCUUUAUUGACUCGUUGGAACUAGUUGGGCCGUUACAAAGGCCCAAUGGAGAAGAUGAGGAAUUAUAAAGGCACAGCCGUUAUAACGGGCUCCCUAUCCUUCUCCCCCUCCCUCCUCUGACUCUAUUUAAAUGGCAGGGGCAUGGGAGAAGGUGAGUGAGAGCUGUGGAGAGUUAUGAGAGGUGGGGGUAGUGGAGAAGUUGGGCUUCGUGAGAGGAGAAGAAUAUAGAGCUUUUGAUCAUUUCAUUUAGGUCUUUUCUUCUUAAAGGGAAGGAUGUUCAACAACAAGUUGAGGAAAAAGAUUCAAAUAUUUUUUAAGGUUCUCUUUCCAUUUUUUUUUUCCACCAUAGAAAUACUACUAGCUUUUUGUGUAGAUGUAGAAGGAUUUAUAAACCAUGUAAAUAUUGUGGUAUCACUUCAUAUUGCUCUUUCAUUUGUACUUAGAUCUUGUCAUUUCCAUUACAUUGCCUUUGCUAUUUUGUUCAUGUCCAUGCUUAAGGAUUUUUUUUAUAUAUUUAUACCAUUUUUUUUACAAACAUCGUUUGAUAUCAGAGCCAAGUUAGUCUUCCCUUAUUAAGUUAGCUAUUGUCAAGAUAAUGACAAAAAAUGACUUCACAAAGAACUUUAUAGAAAAGAAAAAUUACGAAAACUAGGUGAUGAGCAUUAAAAUGAAUUAGAUUUCAAUUAGUUAGUACAAUUCAGUUAUGAUAGUUGAUGGGGUAAUAUAUAAUAUUACUCAGGUGGUACUAAUAUCGAUUUAGGAAAGAAAUCAUAAAUAUUCUCCAUGUCAAAAUGUUAUACAAGAGAACUAUAUUUAUGGAAUGAAUUAUGUAGCUUAUGUUUGUGUGAUGAAGAAAAUAUUUUAGAGUAUAUAAAGACAUUCAAUAAGUUGUUAUCACAUUUUCCUAGUUUUGAGGGAAAGAUGGAACAAUAAGAUUAAGCUAUCCUUCUUAUUUCAUUAUUACUUCAAUCUUAUGACCAAAUAGUGACAACAAUCUUCUUUAAAAUAGGAGAGGUUAAUUAUAUAUUAUUAUUAAAUAAGGUUAGAAAUAAACAUUUUAUAGGUAUUGAAAUCUUGAUAGUGAAAGAUUCAAGUCAAGAAAGAGGACAUCAAAAAAAUAAAGAUGGCAAGAAAAUCAUUUAAUUUCCAAGUCGAAAGUAUAUUGUCCAGUACCUAAGAGUUUAAUUAGAAGGGUAAUAGACCAAUUGUGUAAGCCCAUAUCUCAUUUGAUUUAGAAAAGGGAAGAGAUGUUUUAACAUUAUCUUCAAGUAUGAAUUACUCUAAUACAAGGAUUCCUGAUUCUACUUGUUCCUAUCACAUUGUGUUUAUUUAGGGGUUGAUUUGACACAUGCAUCACACAUGAUGAAGGUAGAAUUCUCAUAGGUUAUACUAAUAAGUGAAGAACUAUUGUGAUAUGAACAAUAAAAAACUAAAAUAUCUGAUAUUAUAGUAAAAAAAUUGAUAGAUGCUAUGUACCAAAAUGUACCAAAUUUAAGAAAAUUAAACUCUUUGUAUGUACACAAUGCACAUGAUUGCACUUACACUAGUACUAAUGGUUUUCUAAAAAUAAAAAAGGUGCUUUAGGUAAUAAAAAGGGAGAGAAAUCUGGAUCAUUAUACAAGUUACUUGAUACAGUGGUAUUUUGUGAUGCACUAAUCACAUCUCAUUUUGAAGAUGAUGCUAUAAGGUUGUGGUGUGUUAGGCUCGAUCAUAUAAAUGAAAAGAAAACGGUAUAGUUGAACACUCAGAAAUUACUUCACGAUAAAAAAUCCUGUAAAGUUGAUUUCUGUAAAUCAUUUGUUCUUGACAGACAAUGCAUUCUUGAAGCAAUGCAAGAGGGUUAAUGGAGAAGUUAGGGUUGGUGAGAAGAGAAUAAGGUAGGGUUCUUACUUCUUCUAUUGGGGUCUUUUCUUUUCUUCUUAAAUAAAGAAACAUUCGGCAUUGAGUCGAGGAAAGAUACCAAUUUUUUUUGUAAGGUUCUCUUCUAUUAGUUCAUUCAUCAAAUAAACAUCUCUAGCUCUCUCCCUAGAUGUAUGAGGAUUUCUCUAAACCAGGUAGAUCUUUACAUAUCACUUCUUAGUGCUUUUUCAUUCGUAAUUCAUCUUUCCAUCUUCGUGAUCUUGCCUUCGAUACUUUGGAGACAUCUAUACUUAAGUUGAUGAAAAAUUUGCAAUUCUUAUUCCACCUAUCUCGGUUACACACAUAUACACACACACACACACAAACACUCCCCCCUACCCUCUGAUUAUUUGUAGCAGACUUGAAUUGUCGAUGGAUUACCACAGCUCGGGAUGGGAAGCGCACUGGAGACACUCUGCGGUCAGGCCUAUGGCGCGAAGCAGCUCCACAUGAUGGGUGUCUACAUGCAGAGGUCCUGGUUGAUCCUCAUGACCAUGUGCCUCUGCCUGAUGCCCAUCUACCUCUUUGCCACGCCGAUCCUGCGGUUUUUCGGUCAGGAGGAGGAGAUCGCUGUCCUCGCUGGGCGAUUCUCACUGUACAUGAUCCCCCAGCUAUUCGCAUACGGGGCCAACUUCCCCAUCCAGAAGUUCCUGCAGGCGCAGAGCAAGGUGAUGACCAUGGCCGUGGUGUCUGCGGUGGCGCUGUUGCUGCACCUCCUCCUCAGCUGGCUCUUCAUCGUGCGGCUCGGCCUGGGCCUCCCCGGCGCCGCCGCCUCGCUAAACAUCUCCUGGUGGGCGGUUGUGCUCGGCCAGCUCCUCUACAUCCUCAUGGGCAACUGCCCCGGCGCCUGGACGGGCUUCAGCUUGGCCGCCUUUCGGGAUCUCGCCGCCUUUGCUAGGCUCUCCAUCGCCUCCGCCAUCAUGAUGUGGUAAAGUGCACUCAUAGAAUCGCAUUUAUGAAGAUUUCCUAUUGCUCAUUCAAUAUCUGAGUUAUUACCGCUACCUUCUCACGACGUGUAGUCUGGAGUUCUGGUAUCUUAUGUUUCUGGUGGUGCUGGCGGGUCGCCUGAGGAACGCCGAGAUCGCGGUCGCCGCCAUAUCCAUCUGGUAUGUACAAGUGCAUACUGUUAUGAACAAGAAAGUUUUUCGAUAAUGUGACGGAGAUUGGGUAUUGCCCGUCUGACGGCAGUGUGAACCUGAGCGGGUGGGAGAUCAUGGUGUUCUUCGGAUUCAACGCGGCAAUAAGGUAUGCUCGAUGGCCCGAUGUGGACUAACAAUCUCUAGUAGUGACCCCGUCGUGUUCUGUAAAACAUAGUUGAGUCUAAUUCACGGGGAAUAUUUCAACACAAGAUUAUAUUCCACUGUCCGGAUGACUUGAGGUGUUGGGUGGGUGGCCAUUGGGGCCGGGGCAUCAAGGGGAAGAGACAACGACGCAGGUGAGAAGAGCAUCAAGGGGAAGAGACAAAGUCAGAUGAGGAGCAAACCCCCAAUACACAGCGAGAGAGAGAGAGAGAGAGAGAGCCACGAGGAGUCGUCGUUUUGACUGGAGGUAUUUUCUUACCAUGUUAACAGAACACCUAGGUCUCUCUAGACGACAUUUAUGAGCUAAUUACCAAAAAUCCAUAUCCGAAAAUCCAUUUCAGUGAAAGUCGACUGAGGGAUCAUUCUUCUGAUGCAAUUGAUUUUGAUUACAUUGCUUGAUGAUUUUAAUGAUUUGAAUGGAACAGCGUGAGGAUUUCAAAUGAACUCGGAGCCCGGCGGCCGAGGGCGGCCAAGUUCUCUAUCCUCGUGGUCGUCAUCUCCUCCGCCAUCAUUGGGGUCUUCUUCAUGGCCUUGGUCCUCUCCCUCAGGGACGUCUACGGUGUUCCCUUCACGAACAGCCCAGUCGUCUCCCGCGCCGUCUCCGACCUCGCCGUCCUCUUCUCCUUCACUCUUCUCCUCAACAGCGUCCAGCCCGUCCUCACUGGUGAGCCUCCUAAUAAAUUCUUGGAGAAUUAUCUCUCUCUCUCUCUCUCUCUAUCUCUCUCUCUCUCUCUCUGUUUACCUGAGUGAAUUGGGGAGCUACAGGUGUUGCCGUGGGAGCGGGAUGGCAGACCCUCGUCGCCUACGUAAAUCUCUUCUGCUACUACGUCGUCGGCCUUCCACUAGGGUUCUUGCUGGGAUCUUACUUUGAUCUGGGAGUCAAGGUAAUGGUUUGUACGGAGAGGCAAAUAAAAUAGGGAAGUUAGAGAGGAAGUUUGGUAUCGUAGGAUGAUUCUAACCGAAAUUUUUGUGAAGGGCAUCUGGAGCGGGAUGAUCUCCGGGGUGUUGUUGCAGACCUUGAUACUCACGGGGAUCACGCUCUCCACAAACUGGAACAAGGAGGUCCGUGCCUUCUCUCUCUAUGUCUCGCGGUAAGAGUUGAUCCGACGGUGCAUUUUAUCCUUUGUUGCAGGCCGCCAUGGCGGAUUCCCGGAUAAAGAAGUGGGGAGGAUCGGUGGAAAACCCACAAAGCCAUGGCGACGCAUGGUAG